GGGUCGCGCAUUUCUUAUUUCGCGCAAAGUUAGCUUGGAUUGGUGUUCUCUUUUUUUAUUUGUUUAAAUUUCUUUUAUAAAUCUAUUUCAUCACGAUUGUAGUUCCGCAAAUCCUUCAUUAGACCAAUUCACAUGAAUGGAUAAAUCAUAAAUGGGAUACUUCUUCAUCGAAUAAGCUGUGAUUUUUUGGUUCGCGGAGUUUAAUUUUAUUUAACAACUGGAUGCUUUGAAAAAUAAAUUUAUAAAACCGAAAUCAAUAAAUAUAUCAACCUCAAAUAAAUAAUUCUUUUAUUAUGUGGUUAUUGUGACAUAUUUUUUAUUUUUUUUAAUCAGUUAUGCAUUUUAUAUAAGGUGCAAUUUUUAAAGUGCUAAACAAAUAUUAUAUUUUAUAUCGAAAAUAACUUGGAUAUUUUUAUUAAAAAAAAAUUAAAACAAAAAAUAAAAUUAUAAGGAACAUCAACGGUCACAUAAUGUUUGUGAAGUGGAUUUUUAAUUUUGGAUUGAACAGUUUCCCUGUUGUCCUGACAAUAUUUGUUAUACUUUUGGAUACUAAACGCCUUGCAAGUGCCGUACGUGUUGGAUCACAGUCAAGAGUUAAAGAUCAAUCAUCAUCAGGUUCAUAUUGGCAAACUCACGUUGUAACACCAUCAUCGUCAUCAUCAUCAGUAUUAGAUUCGCCAUUCUUUUCGGCGACACAUGGUCUCGUGCAGACACAUCCCUCAUUGGGAGGUAGUAGUAUACCAAGACCAUUAACGAGCAAUAGUCUUGGCAGUGGCAGUAAAAUUGGCAAUACAGCUUAUGUGGCACCAAGUGUUGGUGGAGCUUUGAAUUCAAGGCAAAGCUUAACUGGUGGUCGAUUUGGUUCAACGCCGGCAAUAGCUGUCAAUCCAAAUCCUAAGUCACCAUUUAGACAUUUAGAUUAUGCAACAAGUGCAACAGCAGAACUGAGAAGAAAUCCAUCCCUAUCGGCACCAGAUGAGUGUGCACGUGCUUGUCGUGAAGGUGAACCCCCGAGAAUUUGUUAUUAUCAUUUCACAUUGGAAUACUAUACAGUACUUGGAGCAGCUUGCCAAUUGUGCACACCAAAUGCAACAAACACAGUUUGGAGUCAUUGCCAAUGUGUGCUUGCCGAUGGAGUUGAACGUGGUAUUCUCACAGCCAACCGUAUGAUCCCGGGACCAAGUAUUCAAGUUUGUGAAAAUGACAAAGUCGUCAUCGAUGUAGAAAACCAUAUGGAAGGAAUGGAAGUAACACUCCAUUGGCAUGGUAUUUGGCAACGUGGCUCUCAAUACUACGAUGGAGUACCAUUUGUGACACAGUGUCCAAUUCAGCAAGGAAAUACAUUUAGAUACCAAUGGACAGGUAAUUCGGGAACACAUUUCUGGCACGCACAUACUGGCCUUCAGAAACUCGAUGGUCUUUAUGGAAGUAUUGUUGUGCGUCAGCCACCAUCUCGUGAUCCAAAUUCACAUUUGUAUGAUUUUGAUUUAACUACACAUUUGGUGUUAAUAAGCGAUUGGUUGCACGAAGAUGCUGCAGAAAGAUAUCCAGGUCGUUUGGCAGUCAAUACUGGACAAGAUCCCGAAUCGUUACUCAUAAACGGAAAGGGGCAAUUCCGUGAUCCAAAUACCGGAUUCAUGACUAACACGCCAUUGGAAAUAUUUACAAUAACUCCGGGUCGUCGGUAUCGUUUCCGUAUGAUAAAUGCAUUUGCCUCAGUUUGCCCCGCUCAAGUGACAAUUGAAGGACACGGUAUGACGGUAAUAUCUACAGAUGGUGAACCAGUGCAGCCAGUUGUGGUUAAUACAAUUAUAUCAUUUUCUGGCGAACGUUACGAUUUCGUUAUCACGGCUGAUCAACCCGUCGGAGCUUAUUGGAUCCAAUUGAGAGGCUUAGGCGAGUGCGGUAUACGUCGGGUGCAACAAUUGGCCAUUCUUAGGUAUGCCCGAGGUCCAUAUCAACCUGCGUCAGCGGCACCAACUUAUGAUGUUGGUAUUCCACAGGGUGUGGUAAUGAAUCCAUUGGACGCUCAAUGUAAUCGAGUUCGUGACGAUGCUGUUUGUGUAAGUCAACUCAAGAAUGCCCAAGAAAUUGACCGGGGAAUUUUGGACCCAAAACCAGAUGUCAAAAUCUUCUUACCAUUCCGUUUCUAUUUGUACACACCCGAGGAAUUAUUCCAGCCUAACACCUACAACAGGUUCUUGGUUGCCCCAACUGGAGAUCAUGUCAUCUCGUUGAUCGAUGAGAUUUCAUAUUUGUCGGCUCCAGCGCCUCUUACAUCACAAUUUGAUGACAUUACCCCCGAGCAAUUUUGUAACGGAGACAAUCGUCCAGCGGACUGUGAAGCAAAUUGCAUGUGCACCCACAAAAUUGAUAUUCCUCUGAAUGCUGUCGUUGAAGUUGUUGUGGUUGAUGAAGUUCAACAACCCAACUUAAGUCAUCCCUUCCAUUUGCACGGAUACGGAUUCAAUGUAAUUGGUAUUGGUCGUUCGCCUGAUAGCAACGUGAAAAAGAUCAAUUUGAAACAUGCCUUAGAUUUGGACAGACGUGGUCUCUUGCAUCGACAGUAUAAUUUACCACCAGUAAAGGAUACAAUUGCUGUUCCCAACAAUGGUUAUGUAGUUUUAAGGUUUAGAGCUGAUAACCCCGGAUUUUGGUUAUUCCAUUGUCAUUUCCUGUUCCACAUUGUUAUUGGAAUGAACCUAAUCCUUCAAGUUGGUACAAAUGCCGAUUUGCCACCAGUUCCUCCAGGUUUUCCGAGAUGCGGUGACCAUUUGCCGCCAAUACCUAUUAAUUAAAUUUUAAAUUAUAUUUGUAAAAAUUAAAGAAAACACAGACUACCACCAUCUAUCACCUCUCUUACCCCAAGAUCACACACAUACACAACAAAAUCGCCUUAGACUGUCAUACAAAAAAAAACACCAACACACAAAACGGUGAAUUUUUUUAAGUCUAAUGACAUAGUAUAAUUUUUGAUUUUUUUUUUUUUUGUUUUUGUUCGUAACUUAAUUGUUUUACGAAGCCAUGCGCAGCAGUCAUAUGGAGUAGACUUUAAAAAAAAAAUUAAUAUUUUUGAUGUGCAUUUAAAUAGACUAAAAAAAAAAAAAAAAACAUUUUAAAUUCAAAAAAAAACUUUAAGCUACACUUUCCUGACUAUUCACAUUAUAUUUUCACCUCAUAUAAUUUUUAUUUUUUAUUUUGCUCAUGGUUUUUCAUUUUAAUUCAAACUGAUUUAUUUUCCUAUUCAAUUUUUCUUUAUUGUAAAUUUUGUAAAAUUAAAAAAAAAAUAGAAAAAAAAACAGAAUCUUGCCUUAGACGAAUCUUUCGACGUUGGACGUAACUUAAUUUUGGUUAAAUUUUAUUUCUAAAUUUAAAAAUCUUUAUUACAUAAAUUUAAUUAUUUUUAUACGUUUUUUUUAUUUAAUUUUAAAAUUUUCUUCUAAAAAAAAAUCAUCUACGUCCAAUGUUCAGUAAAAUUAAGCUUUUGUACAGAAUUUUUUAUUUUUACUUUAGCUUUAUAAACAGUAAAAAAAAAAAACAAGUAAUUAUUUUAGUUUUCUACACACACACGUAUAUAAUGGUUCUAAAUAAGCACUAUAUCAAUAUACCUGCGUAUGUAUAGUUCUAUCUUGAAUUUAUACAUUUUACAAGAACAGAACAAGGAUAUUACUGAGUUCUAAUUAUUUUUUAAUUGUAAUAUAUAUGCCUAUAUUAUUUACAAAUACACACAUAUUUAUGUAGAAUAAUUAUUUUGUAAAAAAAAAUGUUUCUUUUUUGUUCUUUUAUUGUAAUUAAUUUUGUUUACAUUGAAAUUUUUUGUAAAAAAAAAAUAAACAAGGAUGCAACGUAACGAAAACGAACAGACACUCCCAAAUGUGCCGAGUGGUAGGUUUAAGUUCAAACGACAAGUAAAUAAUAUUAAAAGAAAAAAAAAUCUUUAAGUGUUCAGAGAUACAUAUUUAAAACAAAAAAUGCUUUAUUUUAUUUCUUUAUGUUAAAUAAAAAUAUUAUAUUGUAUAAAAUAUUUCGUCGUUAGCUGGGUUUUGUUCAAUUUGUUUUUAAUUUAUUAACAAUUUUUAUUCCUAACAAUAAAUGUUUGCAAAGAUUUUUUCCUGUACAGCAAAACACAACCCCUAUCCACGAGAAGUGUACAUAAUUUAUGUGAAGCACCCUUGUGAUGGUUAAAAAAUUGAGUAAGUGUUUAUAUAUUUAAUCGACAAACCCAACAAAUAUUUCAGUUUCUAUAAAGCCUUACAGAAGGUUAAAGUUACUUUUGAAAAGCCUUACAGAAGCUACUGUGAGGCUUUAUAGGAGCUGAAGUUAAGUUUGGUUAGGUAAGUUUUUUUAAUAAUUUUACAUAGGUUUCUGCAGUGUUUAAGAAAAAAAUAUCAAUGUUCAUUGCCU